UUUUGAGAAGCUUGUUGGGGGAGGGGAACGGAGAGGGUGACGAGAUUUCGGGCUCCGCUAAAGUUCCGCCCCCCGGCAACGGGAGCUCCGCAAGGGCGGCGGUGACACGCCUGAUAGAAGCCGAAGCCGGCCCUUCGCAGGGACAGGGGUCCGAUCCGACCCUUCCCCUCCGGGAAGCGGCGCCAUGACCGAGGGCGUUAUCCACAUCGCGGGCUCCAGCUCUGAGGGCGACGCCUCGGAGGGCUCUUCCUGGGCUCGCCGCAGGCGCCAACUCCAAAGAAAGCGGAGGCGGCGCUGCCUGCAGGCGGCCUCGGAGUUUAUUGAUCUGACUGGAGAGGAUCUGGUUGAGAAAACAGCUGUGUACCAUGACCUUGGUGUAAUUGAUCUGACACAGACUGAGGAGACAAUGGUCAGCCCUCUUCACAGUGAUGGCUAUCUUUCUGUGAACCUAACACACUGGACUUCAGCCAGCAUGCAACCUGUGGAUUCUCCUAAAUUCCUCACCAUUCUGGAUCCUGAAAGGACUCUUGAUAUGUCGCUUGACCUGGGGAACCGGAAACAACCUUCCCCCAAGGAUGAUGUCAUGCAACACGCCUGCUUCCAAGGCAACUUUGGCCUUUUCCCUAGCUAUGAUGAUGACUCAGAAAGCACUAGCCACACCACUUACAACAGUGACUUGGGAUCUUUGGGGAGCCCACUGUUGGGCUCAGAUGUUUCCUCUACCUCCUCAGCCAAUGGUAGCAGUGAACAUGAAACGCUCCAGGACCCUGGAGAAGAUACUCAUAGUUGCUGCCUACCUGAGGGCGAUCUUAACUCACAACUUGCUCCACCUGAUCAGAGACACUCUCCAAGAUCCCCCAUUUCCCAGUAUCCUCUGAAUGCUACAUUACUAAGAGAAAGUGAACAGUUUAUGUUAGGGACAAAUAAUCCAACACCAGAUGUUGUAAAGCCAGAUAAUCAGGAACCAAAUCAGCAGAUUGACAUCAAAGUCUGGUUGAAAACAUUGCAGUAUUUCCCGGGGGUGCCUGUACAUCAUCCCUUUCUCCAUAACAUGUUAUAUGGAAAGGAUGCCAAACAGAACAAACAACAGAGAGACCUCAACCUGCUCUUCGAUGUAGAUUUGGGCGGUAUAGUAUCCAGUACUGUCGAGGAGAACUUCUUUCGUGGGACCUUGGACUUCCUUAUGGAUUAUGUAUCCUCCCAGUACUACCCUCCAGAGAAGACCAUGCAGGACUUGGUCAGACAGAUUUUGCUGAGCUCAGAAGUACAACAAGAGAUACUCAGAGAUGCCUACAUGCUGCUGAUGAAAAUCCAGGCACUUCACCCAGCAAAAGCUGACACAGUGGUUUGGGACUGGGACCUGCUACGCAAGGUGAUGAUAGAGCAGGAGAAGAAGUUUCCUGGAAGACUCCUGUUCUUGAAAUACAUGCUCCAGACUUUGGAGGAUGACUUCCAAACAACAGCCAGAAACGGCAUUCUGCAUAAAUCCAUUGCCAAGAAAAUGCUUUCCUGUGACCUGGCAACAACAGCAUUAAAAGAUGAGUAUAAGCCUUACCCCCCCCACAGAGGGUCUACACCAGCCAGGUCAGGCAAACAAAGCCUUGGGAAGUUUAUGGAACUGAUUGAUUGGCUAGUAGCUGCAGUUGUUGGAACAAGAUUUUCCCAGCACAGAGAUCUGCAUGAAUCAGGUUGUUUGUCAGAAACAACAGUGGACAAGAACAACAUUUCUAUUCCAGAACUUCAGUUAGCUGAAACUACACAAGUAGAAGAUGUCUCUCCACAGUUUCAGUCUCAGAGUGAAGUCAUGCUUCUCCAGAGGAUGCUUGCCAUAGCUGUGGAAGUGGACAAGUCUCCAAACUGCAGUGCCAAUAAGAUUGCAGAUGUGGUAUUUUCAUCAGUGCUGAAUAUCCCCAAGCGCUGCCAGAGGGAUGCUUUCCUAAGCAGUAUGGAAUGCCAUCUUCUGCGCUGUAAAGUGCUGGAGCUCAUUUUUAACCACAGCUGUAAAAAAGCUACCGAUCUGCCCUUGUCUAUGGAAAAAGUCUUGUUUUUUCUGACAAACCUUUCCCUGCAGUUAAAACACCAGGACAAUGAAGCAACAUGGCAGAGAUGGGAUGAAAUGCUUCAUCAUCUAAAUUUACUGGUACUGAGUUAUCACAGAAUCAUUCUAGGGCACUUAAGGAGCUCAAUAUGUGACCGGAUCAAUCUGAUUAUCAAAGCGGCCAAGCCUAAACUACAGUCACAUGAUUCCCUCACCAUUUCUGAUGCAGAUUACAGUAUAAAGAGUUUCCAGAAGCAGCUUUUGCAAAUUCUGGGGCAGCCACUUCCCUCCCCCCUCAAAGAAAAGAUUGAACUUCUCCAAAUAUUGCUUCAUACCACUGCAGAUAUUUACAGAACUUUUGGGAACAUUGAUGGACCUCUCAGAAGUGGAAGCAGCUGUGCAAUAAACCAUCCAGUCUAGAGAAUCCUCAAUACAAACUCAACCCAUCUUUUCUCUUAUUUAAGUAAUACGUUGUACUACUUACCCAAUUAGACAGCUCAAUCAGUUCUACAAGUUUAUUUUAGACUUCUGUUAAAAUAGAAGUUUUGUGUUCCCAUUUCAGUUUUGUACAGCUUGUACAAUAAAAUUUGCUUCUUAAAGUUACUGGAAA